AUGGUCGCAAUCAUUGUUCCUGGCAACUACGGUGCCGUCAUCGCCGUCGCUCUCGGUGCUAUCCCUGUCCUCGGCUUCGUCCAUGGCAUCGUCACUGGCAGCCAGCGCAAGGCUGCUAAGGUUCCCUACCCGCACAGCUAUGCCACUAUUGAGCAGUGCAAGGAAAACCCCCAAGCUGAUAAAUUCAACUGCGCUCAACGCGCCCACGCAAACUUCCUCGAGAACGCUCCCCAGACAAUGUUCUUCACCUUGGUCGCAGGUCUGAAGUACCCCCAGCUCGCUGCUGGCCUGGGCGCUUUGUGGGUUGCCCUCCGUAUUGUCUUCCUCCAUGGCUAUGUCUACAGUGGCCAGGCACAGGGCAAGGGUCGCAUGCGUGGUAGUCUCUUCUGGCUGGUGCAGGGUGCGCUCUGGGGAUUGAGUGUAUUCGGCGUUGGAAAGGAGUUGCUUGACUUUUAG